CUCUACCUAGUUCCGUUAUCCGUGUAAAAUGGGGGAUACCAGUCAGUGCUUGGGCGAGCUCUUCCUAGCUCCCAAAAGCUCGAGGAUUUAUUGCUUUUGCGCGCUCUAGCUAGGGCGUGGCGAAUUCGUGCCGGGCGCUGGAAGAAUCGCGACGCGGCCGCAUUGGCGGAGGCCUCCAUUCUUCCCAGGUCACUUCGAUCGCUUGCCACUCAUAUUCUAGGCCUAGGGUUUUGGCGUUCUUGAUUCCUCGAGCUCCAGCGCCUCGACAGAAGAUCUGUGCGGCGGCGGCGACGGCGACGGCCUGGAAUCUUUCCCGGAUGAGGAAUUUCGGGGAACAGGAACAGGAGGAGCGGCGCUCUUUCCACGACAAGCGGAGCUGCCUUGCUUUUGGCUGACAGCAAGAUCUCGGAUCCAAGCCCCAAGAUUCCUGCGGCAUUGCGGCAAGAACAUCGCCAGAAUCCAUCCAAGAUUAUCGGCGCUCCCGCGACGAUGCUGAGAAUGCCGGAUGGAUUCCCCUCUUGCUUCGGCGAAUACGGCGUCCAGGUUGCGGACAUGUCCAUGGGCGCCCGGAUGACGCAAAAUCUGGUGACUUGCGUCUAUCAGACCAAGCUCUGGGGCCACUGCCGCUUGAUCACGGUGACAUGGUGCAAGAAUCUCAUGGGGCAGGGAUUGAGCGUCAAUGUGGACGACCCAGCGUGCCACUACACUUGCAAGGUAGACAUGAAGCCGUGGUUCUUCUGGAAGAAGCAGGGAUCCAAGGCUAUGGAGGUGGAUGGGCAGAAAGUGGAGGUCUUUUGGGACCUCUCCUCAGCCAAGUAUCUCUGCGGGCCGGAACCGCAAGAUGGUUUCUACCUCGCCAUUGUUUCCGAUGGAGAGGUGGCAUUGCUGCUGGGCGAUAUGGUGAGGGAGGCUUACAAGAAGACGCAGGCGAGGCCACCGACGAUCGAGGCUAUGCUUCUCUCGCGGCGGGAGCACGUCUUUGGGAAGCGGUACUACACCACCAAGGCGCAGUUUGGCGAGAGUGGAAAAACUCACGACAUUAUGAUCGAGUGCCACACGAGUGGAGCUCGGGAGCCGCGGCUUUACGUGAGGGUGGACAGGCAGCUGGUGAUCCAGGUGAAGAAGCUUAUGUGGAAGUUUAGGGGGAACCAGACCAUCCUCGUCGACGGCUUGCCGGUGGAGGUGUUUUGGGACGUGCACAAUUGGCUCUUCAAUCCCUCGCUGGGGAAUGCCGUGUUUAUGUUCCAGACGUGCGUCUCGUCCGAGAGGCCGUGGAUGAAAGACGCCAUGGCUUGCUCGUCGAGCUUGCGAGUCCAGCCGGGAACAGGAGCAGCAGCCCAAGAUGCUGCUACUGCUGCUUCACACGUCUCGGCGGCUGGUUUUUCGUUGCUUCUCUACGCUUGGAAGAGCGAAUAGUUCCACACGAAGUUUUGUAAAUACUGUGGAGUGGGACGGGAGGAGGACACGAAGGGUGGUCCCUUUAUUCAUUCGACACGGCUUCUUCAGGUUAAUCUCUUGUUAAGUUCUCAUCUUCUUUUCUCCUUUUGUUUUUCACUCUUCUUCCCAGACCUUCUAGAUAAGAUCGAGACGAAGGCGAUUCAUGACAAUAAGUUUGAGUGGGGUUGAAGGUCCUCUGCUUGGGUAAGCCGUGUGUGUUUCCCAAGGGGCCUCCGAAAUUUAGCAGUACAGUGGCCUUUUUUUCCUGGCCUCUAGAGGUUCUACCUCCUCUAGAUUGGGAAGAAGUACUAAACUAUGUCACUUGCUACGAAACUCUUUUUUUUGUUUCCAAACGGCGAAAGCAAUCACCAAAUGUUUACUUUGAAAUGAUUGGUGUAUAGGCGAGAUUUUUCUAUGUUUCUUAGUCCGUUGCUCGUUAAUGUUUGAUGAUCUGUGCAGAUCUUCUGGAAGUAAUAAUUCUUUGACAACAAGAGAAUUCAAAAGCUUUGAAUCUUGAUGGAUGAGCACCGCCUUGCUGUCGUUGUGAAGACAAGGUGCGCAGCGGGUCCGAAGGUGCAGCAUGAAUGCAAGCUACUGAGCUUUUGAUAGGGACAGGUUCUAAUAGUUUGUGAUUUCUUUGUUUUCUGCCUCUCUUUUUUCUGCUUUGGUUGUUACUUCCCUCUCAUAGGGAGGGAGAUGUUUGGUGUGUUUUUGUUGGAGGAUGGCUCGCCAGUAGUGCUGUAUGGAAUUUUUACUGAUGGUGGUGGUGUCUGAUUGUUUCAUAGGGGAGCGAGAACGUCUUUCUCGAGGAAAACUAUCGCGAAUUGACGGGGAAGUGUAACGCCAGUGUACUACUGAUGAUACGUCGAACUAUUUUUCCGUUCAGAAGUCGCGACGCUAUAGCGGUUUGAGUAAGGCCGAAAACUCUUUCGUCUGCGCUGCAUUUGUUGCGCUCUUGGCAGCGUCGUUGUCACUCACACCUAUCCGCUCAGGCGCAUUGCACGAGUCCUCUCUGCAACAUCUUACCUAGAUUAAGCCUACAAGGGUGGUUUGUUCAAGUUGGGUGUGAAAAGCGGCAGCAUUGAAGGAGCCCACUGUCUUUAGUCAUGUGCAGCAGCAAGCUUUUCCAGCGAGACUUUUUUUUUAUUUCCCUUUCGACGACUUUGCGCUCACCAAGAUCUUCAACUUCAACUCGGCUGUCUGAAAGAAUGGCCGGCGAUGGAUACUUGUCCGAGUACGGCACGGAGCUCAAUAGUCGCCCGAUUGUAGCUCUGGCGGGCCGAACAGGGCGACUAAACUGCUGGUGGUCGGCAGUUUAUAAGCUCCAUACAGUUGGUCUCAGUUCUUCGAGCGAGGAGAUGUUCAAGCUGGGAUGCUUCUCCAGAAUCAAGACGUCCGACUCGCAGCCGUGCAGCAUGGAUUUGCAGCGAGUUACUUGGAUUUGCAACCAGACACCGGCAACGGUGGUUUUCCGGGACCGAUACAGGGAUCAGCUUGGCAGGCUCAGGCUUUCGGUGGCUCCUUUCUCGGACAAGUUUGUCCCGGUGGACAUGGCUGGGACGGAUACGUACUACGAGAUGAGAGUCGUGGUAGUGAGUGAUGGAGAUGGAGCAGCAAACAAUCUGGAGGGGCGGAGCUUGAGCUCGAGCGGCGCUCUGAGCGUGGACUCGGACGAUUUGCUCGUGUAUAAGAAGAUCACGGUGGCUCGCGAGGGGGACAGAGUUUUGGUGAAGAAGGAAGGGCGGCGCCAGGCAAUCUCGUAGUGCCGCGAAGUAGCGAAGAGAUUUUUUUUUGGGCGAUCGAAAGAGAUGGAAAGAACUUUCCCCCUCCGUGUUGAAGGGGUCAACUCACAUUUUCAAAGUGUGGAAUAUUCUAGAGGAUAUUAUUGUGACACGUGUAGAAUUUGGAAA